UCUCAAGCAAUCGGAAUUUUGGAAGGAAGACACGUUAUGCGAAUUCUCAUUCCAACCUUGAUAAUAGAUAUGCUAGCAUUUACUUGUAUAUUACCCCUAUUUCCCAGUAUAUUAAAUUUUUAUGCAAGGAGCGGCAGUCGAGAUUACCUGUACGAUCUGUUCAUUUCUUUCUUGAAAUCAUUUCAAAGUGCCAUUGGUGUUCCGCACAAUGAACGGUAUAAUAAUGUAUUUUUUGGAGGAUUACUUGGUUCAAUGUUCAGUGCACUUCAAUUUCUUUCAUCCCCUGGCCUUGGAGCCCUUUCGGACAUUUACGGCCGACGAACGAUGUUGCUUCUAUCAUGCACUGGAACGUUGAUUUCGUAUAUUAUCUGGCUAAAAGCUGAGACAUUUUCAAUAUUCUUUAUAUCUCGUAUUAUUGGUGGUUUCAGUAAGUCGAACGUCAAUGUAGCCACCGCUAUUGUCUCCGAUGUCUUUAAGCCAGAAGAUAAUCCAAAAGGAAUGGCACUUAUUGGCAUCUCGUAUUCCAUUGGAUUCCUUGUCGGGCCUAUGUUUGGCGCAUAUUUCUCAACAGUUGCUCCAAAGGAUGCUUUGUACACUACUCCUGCCAUAUUUUCUAUUGUCCUUACAGUUAUUCAUUUUUUCCUAGUGGCUUUCUUGCUUCCGGAAACGUUGGAAUAUGUGGAAGAGGUCAGUGAAUAUUAUAGUUUCAGAAAAACUAUGAACCUGUUCAGGUUCUCAGUUAUUGAUGCACCAGAAGAAAAGAAACGCCAAAUGAGAAGGAUUGGAGUUAUAUUCUUCAUUUACUUAUUCCUUUAUGCUGGGCUAGAAUUCACACUGCCAUUCCUUACACACUUGAGGUUUAACUUUGAUAAUAUGCAACAAGGAAAGAUUUAUUUGUUCACUGGUCUUUUGAUGUUACCGAUUCAAGGUUAUGUUGUUCGGAAAACUCCAAUGAACAGGCAAAAGCAUGUCGCAGAAAUUGGUGUUAUGUGCAUAGUUCCGGCAUUUCUGGUGAUUGCCUUUGCCACUAAUAAAUUUACUCUCUAUCUGGGACUUUUCUUAUAUGCUAUAGCAUCGGCAACCGUAGUAAGUUGUCUGACAUCGCUCAUUUCGGCAGUGCAUUCAUGCCCAGACAAAGGAGCUUUAGCAGGGGUUUUUCGAAGCAUCGGAGCCCUAGCCAGGGCACUCGGACCGAUUAUCGCAUCUACUGUUUUCUGGUUGACUGGACCAACUUGCUGCUAUGCGACUGGAGCUGCUCUUCUAUUGAUCCCGUUGAUUCUUCUGACAAGGCUGGAAAAUCCAAUAUAUGAAUCAAAAAAGGUUUCCUAG